AUGGUUGAAGCAAAGAGCCUUGAGAGACUUAAAGCAAUGAGGAGUUUAUUGAAGAAGGAGAUGGAGAGAUCAGAGACAUUCUCAUUGGUUCUUGAAAAGACAGGAACCAAGCUUCAAAAGAUCAAAACCAAGCUGUUGUCUUUAGAAGCUGAUGUUAAAGUAGAGAGAUGGAGAUGUUCUCCUUUCUCUGACCAUAUCAGUCACACCAUUGCACCCCUAUCUGUUGUUCUGAGAGUCUUUGCUACGGUUAAAGAACUCGAGAGAUCUCUCAUGUCAUGUAAUGAAGUUCUUGGUUAUGUUUCAGAUGUUAAACGUCUUGGAGAAGCGUUAAAGCUUCUGUCAAGUAGCUGUGUUCUUGCUCUUACCUGGCUUGAAGAUACAAUCCAGUUCCUGUCCCAAAACGGAAUGCCUAAAGAUCAUCCUUGCAGGUUACGGUUCAAGACUUCGAUAGAGCUUCUACGGGAACUGCAAAUGACCGAGGCUCGUGCUCAUCUCAGUGGUGGUAGUCUUUGCACAGCGUUUCAGAAUCUUGAAACAGAGUUUGAGAGGAUACUCGAAGAGGAGGAGGUUUUGUCUGAAUCCAACAUGAGAAAGCUGCAGGCAAUCAUCAAGAGAUUCGAUGCUCACUGUGUGCCUAUUUACAUCAAGAUCCGCACAAGGGUCAUUCAGAAACGGUUUGAGAAUGAUUAUCUACACAAAAUAAUCUCAGAAGCUGACAAUGUGCAGGACAUUGAAGACGUUAUAGAUCAAUGGAGACUUGAUAUGGAGAUAGCUGUUAAAGAGACCUAUGAAUUUGAGACUUCAAGUUCAGGACUCCUUACGCUUCUCAGGUUCGGAUCAAGAGUCAGCAAAUGCAAGAAAGGUCCACCAAAGCUGCUGAAGCUCUUAAAUUGUUUCUCUACAAUGGACAACAUCCGAGUUGAGUUUAACCGGCUGUUCAGAGGGGAGCUAUGUUCAGAAAUACGCAGAGAAACACGGGAGCUUAUUAGCAACCUCAUUAACGGUGUCUGCGAGAUCUUCUGGGAGUUACCUUGUCAGGUGGAGCUUCAAAGAUCAAACUGUCCUCCUCUUGAUGGUGGUGUACCUAAGCUUGUGAGUGUUGUGACUGAGUACUGCAACAAGUUACUUGGAGACAAGAACAAGCCGGUCUUGUCCAAGAUUCUUGAGAUUGAUUUGGGUCACAUCUACAACAUACUGAGAGAGAUUGCUUUGAACUUGGAUGCAUGGUCGAGUUUCAACAAAGAAAUAGCUCUUUCUUACAUCUUUAUGAUGAACAAUCACAGCCACUUCUGUGGUCUGAGAGAGACACAUCUCGGGAAAAUUAUGGGAGAGUCUUGGUUAAGCGCACAUGAGCAGUACAAAGACUACUACGCAGCACUAUAUGUCAAAGAAAGCUGGGGAAAGCUCUUGUCUCUACUCAAUAUCAAAGCUCAACCUUCGAAAAGAAAGCGAGCCCGUGAGUCCAUUAAGUGUACAUUAAAAGCCUUUGCUAAAGGAUUUGAUGAGUUAUACACAAAGCAAUCAACAUGGGUUGUUGAGGAUGAAGAGCUGAGAUGGAAGAUAUGUCAAGCCAUGGUAAGAACGAUUGUGCCGAGGUACAAAAGUUAUCUCCAGAGUUACAUAAUGCUUCUUGUUGAAGAAGAUCCUACGAGUCCUGGUAAGGACUUGAGUUAUACUUCCAAGGGGUUAGAGAUGAAGCUGAAGACUAUGUUUCAGAGCAAAGAAGAGACAGAGAAGAUAUACAAGUAUUCUCAUUUUGUGAAUAAAGUGAUGGAUUUGGGGGAUACUCCGAAUUCUCACUUGACGUUUGAAGCUAUAUGA